AUGGCCUACAACCCAUCCGGCCGUACUGCACCCCGCGCCUCGCGCGCCUACAGCAUCAUAUCUGAAGACUCAUACGCUGCAACUCCACGCCCCACACCUCCACCGGCAACGCGCCGAGCCGCCUCGCGGGCCCUUAGAGCAAACAGCGCUGUUUCCGACGUGCCGACGCAUGUUGACGGAGGCACACGGCCACCUACUACCCACGAGAGACGAAUAGCAGCACAUUACACUCUACCGCCGACGGUACCAAGUCCAUUUACGGGGACGCUGGAGGCGAGUUUAGACGCGGUGCUAGCUUGGGGCCACGAACAUACCAAUGGCACACAGAAGAUUGUGAACGCCUUGCUGCGGGAAGUAGAUUCCAUGACAAAUUGGCCUAUUUUACUUCGCGGGAUGCUGAUCGACUGCGAUGAUGGUGAUGAUGAGGCGACAGGACGGGGCCGACGUUUGCUCGAAGAGCUGCUGUUUCUCGUGACGAGAACGCUGUUACCGGAACAGAUAGCCGAAAACCGCGCUGCGAUGGCUAGACUGUAUGAUAGGAAGAAGCAGCUGGCUAUUAGGUUGGUGCUGCGCUACGACAUGCUGCGCGAGUGGAAGGUGGACGCUUCGUACCAUCCCUUUCCCGUGCCCUCUCUCCCACCACCGCCUAUCGACCCAGCCGCCCAGCCGGUCUCUGCGAUGAAGAUUGGGCAUCCUCCGGGGUGUUCGACUCGGCGGCCGUUGAUGUCAAAUGUUAUCGCCACAUUGAUCGCCGCUCCGCCUGGUGGAUUCACCACGCAUGGUGUGCGGGAGAGAAUGAAACAUUAUAUUACCGACUUAGACGACUAUUUGCUACUUUCCGAUGACAAGGCGGCCGCCUGGAGCGAUUUGGUGCUCAUUGGAAUGACUAGCCAGAUUGUACUCCAGUGGCAAUGGUUGAGGCAAAACAAUGAGAUGCUGCAGGAGAUGGAGGUUCAAGGCUGGGAGGAGCUAGAUUGCAAGGCAGACGAGUGUGACUGGAUCGCAGACGAUAUCAAGAAGCCGAGUGGGGCGAGGAAAGAGAAGGGUAGCAUGGGCAUUGAUGUAAACGAAUUGGUAUGA